AUGGCCAACAGUAUCGACGUCACGCGUAGUGUUGUCAUAUCUGGCUUGCCAUCGGGAUUUUUCAAGGAUAACCCGGAAGAUUUCGCGGAGACCGUCUAUGAGCUGCUGGAAACAACAUUCAGCGUUACACGAGAUGCCGUCGAUCACGGAUAUGGCUGCAAAUGCCUGGUUUCGUUUCGAUCGCGCGUGCACCGUCACCGCGUCAUUGCACAGAAGACGAAAUUGGAGUUUCCAACAACAAUUGCAUCGAUAACCGAGAUUCCUCGUGAUAUCCUGGCUAGCAACGAUGAGGUCCUCGAAGUGACUGAUGAAUGGGCUGAGGAUGGCGCUGGCUCGCAGGUAAAGGAGGUAAAUGAGGAAAAGAGAACCGAGAGUCCAGUAGAUGCUGCGAAAUCCAUUGGCGCGGAGAAGAAAGCGGGCUCUAAGGGAACACAAAAGGAACCGAAGAAACCAGAGGCAAAAGCUCCGUCGCCGGUAAAAGAGAAUUUGGAUGAAUAUGCCGACGACGAUGAUGAUGUUGUUCUGGUCGAGGAGAACGUUACACCAGCAGACAAUAAAGCUGCGCCACCAGCUAAAGAAGUUGCGCCACCAGUCAAAGAAGUUGCGCCACCAGUCAAAGAAGUUGCCCCUAAAGAAGCUGUUGAAGAGGAGGACGAGAAUCAGCUUAUGAAGAUCGAAAAUAUUACCUCUUCGGAUUUAUACAAUCCGUGGCUGUAUUCAGUUCUGCUCAGCGCUUCACGUUUGGAACUGCAUUUCCCAGAACUAUCGUUUAAUAAAAUCGGGAAGCCGACGUUGGGGUAA